AUUUUGACAGCAGUGAAGUUUUUGCAGAAUCCACGAGUCCGACAAAGUCCUCUUGCAACCAGAAGAGCAUUUCUGAAGAAGAAAGGCCUGACAGAUGAAGAAAUUGACCUGGCUUUCCAGCAGUCGGGCACAAGCACAGAUGAGCCACAGUCCCCAGGUCCUUCUACACAGCUGGUGCCAACUCAGCCCUCUCACCCUGUGGGGUAUAGUCCACCUGGCUCCAGAUGGCGAGAUUAUGGGGCUUUGGCUAUCAUAAUGGCAGGAAUUGCCUUUGGAUUCCACCAGCUCUACAAGAAAUACCUGCUUCCUCUCAUCAUGGGAGGCAAAGAAGACAGGAAACAACUUCAGAGGAUUGAGUCAAGCAUUUCUGAGAUGAGUGGCAGUGUGACACAGACAGUGACUCAGUUACAGACAACUUUAGCAGCUGUCCAGGAACUGCUAAUCCAGCAACAACAGAAAAUCCAGGAGCUCACCCAAGAACUGGCAGCUUCUAAGGCCACAACUUCCACCAACUGGAUUCUGGAAUCGCAGAAUAUUAAUGAAUUGAAAUCUGAGAUCUACUCGUUAAAAGGACUCCUCCUGAACCGGAGGCAGUUCCCUCCCUCCCCUUCGGCACCUAAGAUCCCAUCAUGGCAGAUCCCAGUGAAGCCAAGCUCACCCUCCAACCCUGUUGUUGCCAACCAUAAUAGCAGCAGUGACAUCUCACCUGUCAGCAACGAGUCUACCACCUCAUCACCAGUCAAGGAGAACCACAGCCCUGAGGGUUCGAAGGUCAGCUGUCAUCUGCUGAGCACAGAGGAAGGCAACAAGGCAGUGAUUGACGUCAAGACCCAAGUGCGGAUGGAGGUGCAGGGUGAGGAAGAGAAACGGGAAAACAAAAGGAAUGAAGAGGAGGAAGAGGAUGAUGAGGAUGAUGAUGUUAGCCAUGUGGAUGAGGAGGAAUGUCUGGGUGUCCAGACUGAGGACCGGCGAGGAGGGGAUGGUCAAAUUAAUGAGCAAGUGGAAAAGCUACGAAGACCUGAGGGGGCCAGCAACGAGAAUGAGAUUGACUAAGUCGCCCUGGCUUCUGCUGCUGCUGCUGUACAUCUUCCCUAGCCUCCUGCACUGUCCCGGUGCCUCUCCCAUUUUGUGGAGAGAAGUGCCACCAUCCCCUCCAGUGAUUCUCCCAUGAUUGACCUUGAGUAGGGUCAUGAUUGCCCAGUGAGCAAGGUGGGCCCUGUUUCACCACAGGGCAUUGCAGUGGCUUCUUGUUCCCUCCCAGACUCACCUUCUCCCCAUGAGCUGGAAUCACUGCCUAGGCUGGAAGACCAAUCGCCUUACCAUGCACCACAGCUACAGAAAAAGUCCUCUAACAAAAACAUCUCUCCUGAAACAGUCAGCCUCUUUGCUGCAUCCUAGAGUCCUUCUAUCCAAUUUCAGAAACCAAUCUGUCCCAGGUUCUUUGAUUCACAAGCCUUUAGUCCCAGUAUAAUGCCCAAACCAGUUUUCUGUUUCCCAAAAUAACCCUGUUUUAUUUC